GGAGGAACUCAUCCCGAGAGUUGUGUCCAGUGCAAUUGUACAGGAGUGAAGCAGCACCCCAGCAGUGGGAACAUAACGAAAGUUAAAAUAUCAAAAACAUUGGAUUUGACACAGGGAUUAAAAAAACUCUUUUUGCAGCCUCUUCCCUCCCAUGUGUAACGUUGGGGUAGGUGCUGUAAUUUGCUUAGAUUUUAAAAAAAAACACGGCCCGCCCACUGAUAAUUGUUCACUUUGCCUGAGAUAAUAAUCUGAUCAAAAUCAAGUGCAUUUCUCCGGGAGAAAAUUAAAGUGAAGUUCAACAAAGAUAAAAAGCCAGGAAGAGUUUGCUUUGAGCAGAUGGCCCUGGAGUCGGGAGGCUCCAGCCUUUGGUCAUUGUGUGUCGUGUCUCCUUGCGUGUCUAUGGAGUGGCCAGUCGAAUAGGAAUCCAGUUCGGAUAUUUAGUGGAGCCGGCGGAAAAUAAAGAGAAAAUAUCGCUUCAAUAUCCCCCAAGAUGGCCGCCAAUGUGGGAUCGAUGUUUCAAUAUUGGAAGAAAUUGGAUCUGCGGCGGCUUCAGAAGGAGCUGAACUCUGUUGCGUCUGAACUAGCGGCUCGCCAGGAAGAGAGCGAGCAAUCUCACAAGCAUCUGAUAGAACUGAGUCGCGAAUUCAAAAGAAAUGUGCCAGAGGAGAUUAGAGAAAUGGUUGCACCUCUCCUAAAGACCUUCCAAGCUGAGGUGGUAGCACUUAGCAAAAGAAGCAAGGAGGCUGAGGCUGCCUUUCUUAAUGUUUACAAGCAAUUAAUAGAAGCACCAGACCCUGCUCCUUCUCUCGAAGUAGCUCGAAACCUGGAGGAGAAGCUGCUACAGCUGCAACACAAUGAACCAGAGGCUCAAGUAGAGAAGGAGAUCUUCAAACGUUGCAGAAAACAAUGCGACCUGCUCAGCCGUGAAGCCAGCGAACAAGCAGCAGAAGCCUCUCCAGUUAGGAUCAGGGUGUCUGAAGAAUCACAAAAGACCAUCAUAGACAGCGAACCACUUAAAAGCGAUAACCUGUCACAGAAAAAUGAGGCAGAAAAAGAAAGCAGACUGCAGGAAGCACAGAUUACCUUGGCUGUCCGACUUGGGGAGGCAGAAGAAAAAAUAAUGGUCCUUCACUCAGCUUUGAAGACAACACAAACAGAGCUCCUGGACCUGAGGUGCAAAUACGAUGAAGAAACAGCAGCUAAGGCAGAUGAAGUGGGGUUGAUCAUGACCAACUUGGAGAAGGCUAAUCAGAGGGCAGCAGCUGCUCAGAGGGAAGUGGAGAGUCUUCGAGAACAGUCCGUAAAUUGCUCCAUUCACCUCGACUGUCAUUCUCCAGGAAUUGGGGGAGUGGAUCAGGCCAAUGUUCUGAUGUGCCCCGGUUCGAGACUGGAGGCAGAAUUGGUUGUUAAGGACCGGGAGAUUAUCCGGCUGUUGAAAGAGGUUCAACAUCUGCAGACUGCCUUCCAUGACCUUCAGGAGAGUUCGGCAAAUCAGAUCGCAGAGUUGGAGCAGCAGCUAGCACUGAAGACGGAAGCUGUGGAGACUUUAGAAAGGAAAUUGUGUGCACAACUAAACCACGAGAAACGUAAAACCGAAUUAAGCCUUUUCAACUCGACAAACUCAACAGCCACCAAUAGUCGGGCGUCCCUGGAUAGGAAAAAAGAUAACAAGGACUUUCUGCCAGAAAAAGAGAUGACCCUUCCUCCCUAUGAGGUACAACCUGAAGAUGGUGCCAGGAAAGCCGCUCUGAACAAUGAGAAGGAUGCCUCGAGUGUUGAUCAUGCUUCACCAGCCCCUCAGCCAAGUCCACAUUGGUCCCGAGACGAGCAAGCCUCUCCAAAGGCCAUCCCAACACACGUGUCAACCCAAGGACCCGAACCAUCAGGAACACUCCCCCUCUCUCCAAUCCCCUUGAUCAAAACAAGCGAUAAGUCUUCUCCAGAGCCUUUGCAUCACAGGCCACUGAUGUCUCCCUUGUACUCGAAAGAGGCUGUAAAUACAGUGGUUUACCCAACUGCACUCUACUCUGCCAAGGGAGCGCUAAUCGUAGGGAGCAGUUCCAGCAACAGUGAAGCUGCCCAACCAAGUGACCAGUCAGAGGGCAGCGGCUCAAGUGCUGGUGAUGACGAACAUGUAGAGACAGCUGACAUUGCUUUUCAGGUUAAAGACCAACUCCUAAGGCACAACAUUGGACAGCGUGUGUUUGGACACUAUGUCCUGGGGUUAUCACAAGGAUCUGUCAGUGAGAUUCUUGCCAGACCUAAGCCAUGGCAUAAGCUUACAGUUAAAGGGAAGGAACCUUUUAUUAAGAUGAAGCAGUUUUUAUCUGACGAACAAAACAUCCUUGCCCUUCGAACUAUUCAAGUGCGGCAGAGAGGGAGUAUAACUCCGAGGAUUCGGACUCCAGAAACCGGAUCAGAUGAUGCCAUUAAAAAUAUCCUGGAGCAGGCAAAGAAAGAGCUUCAGACUCAGAAAACUGUUGAAUCUAAAAGCUCUCCCUUGCCUGUAUGCAGUGCAAGUUCCAGCAGCAGUGCUGGCUCUGAUGAUGCGAUUCGGUCUAUCUUGGAGCAGGCCCGGCGAGAGAUGCAGGCCGAGCAGCAAGUUCUGCUGGAGAUGGAGACCCGGAGUAGCAGCAGCAGCAGCAGCAACAAUGCAGCAGUAACCCCGCAUGUGGAAGCUUUACCAGCCACAAGCAAAGUUCCCCUUACCCCCUCCAUCAAGCAGGAGGAAGGCAUUGCAACUAAAAGUUCUCAGACUCCUCUCAGCGUGGUGUCACCCGCGGCCUUUGUGCAGAGCAUCAUACGAAAGGUGAAGUCGGAGAUCGGUGACGCUGGCUCCUACUUCGACCAGCACUGGGCCACGGAGAGGAACGUGGCUCACAGAUUGUACGCUUCGGUCUCGCCCUCCCCGUCGUCCUCCUCCUGCGGCUCGUCAGGGACGUCGGGAGCGGUGAGGCAGUGGCGGGCAGAGCCCAGCGAGAGCAGCAAGAGCGGCGAGGAACAGCCGGCCGCCUUGGAAGCUGCCAACAAGGUCGCGGACAUCAAAUGCGAAGGCAGCCCAGACUCUCAGAGCACGGGACAGCUCUCCGUCUUCCCCACCUACGUCCCCCGGUCGCUGAAACCAACCGUACCUCCACUGACUCCAGAGCAGUACGAAAUGUACAUGUAUCGAGAAGUGGACACUCUGGAGCUGACCAGACUAGUUAAAGAGAAGCUGGCCAAAAAUGGAAUCUGCCAGAGAAUCUUUGGUGAAAAGGUGCUGGGCCUGUCACAGGGCAGUGUCAGUGAUAUGCUGUCCAGACCCAAGCCAUGGAGUAAGCUGACUCAGAAAGGCCGUGAGCCCUUCAUCCGCAUGCAGCUGUGGCUCGUUGAUAAGUUAGGCCAGAGCAUCACGUAUCCCCCACAACCCGUACAAGCAAAUAAUGUGGUUCAGGCCGGGUAUUCGCCAUCACCUCCGCCCAGUCCCGCUGACCGCGAGAUGAGUCAACAGGAACCCAUCAGCACGGCGCUGGAAAGCACCAAAGAAAACCAGCAACCGGACCCCCAGUCAACGUCUCGCCCCCUCUGUGGGAAGAGCCUCUCCAAUGGCCAGUCUCCCACAGGCAUGCAGGAAAUGGUGGCCAUGUCCUCUGAGCUGGACACUUACACCAUCACUAAAAAAGUGAAAGAAGUGCUAACAGACAACAACUUAGGUCAAAGACUAUUUGGAGAGAGCAUUUUAGGACUGACACAAGGCUCGGUCUCUGAUUUGCUUUCCCGGCCUAAACCCUGGCACAAGCUGAGCCUGAAGGGGAGGGAGCCGUUCGUUCGGAUGCAGCUCUGGCUAAACGAUCCCUUCAACGUGGAGAAGUUGAGAGACAUGAAGAAAAUGGAGAAAAAAGCCUAUCUGAAGCGCAGGUAUGGAUUACUAAAUGCUGGGUCCGACAGUGAUUCUCCCAGCACCCGAUCAGAGUCGGCCAGCCCAGGCGUCCAGCAGCAGGUGUUCCACCAUUACCAGGUCAAAAAGCCCAGGAUCGUGCUGGCACCUGAGGAGAAAGAGGCCCUAAAAAACGCCUAUCUGUCAGAGCCAUAUCCAUCCCAGCAGACCAUCGAGAGCCUCGCUUCCCAACUGAACCGCAAGACGAGCACAGUCAUCAACUGGUUUCACAACUACAGGUCCCGUGUUCGAAGGGAAACGCUUGUCGAAAAUCUGCAGGGGAACGAUACAGAUCAGGAGCCUUCCAGAUGCCAAGGGUACACGCACCACAACCAUUCUCUCAGCACCGGCCCAUCACAGAGUUCUGACUCGGAGCUGGAAGACAAGAAGGCUACUUUUGCUGAGAUGAAGGGCCAGCUGCCGGUUGCAAUGGUGACAGACGGGGAGAGCGAAAUGGAGAUCAAGCGGGAAUUUGGCGAGCACUGUGAAGAGAAGGAUUAUGAGCGCUGUUCAACGUGUUGCAUUGGAGAUAGCGAAGAAAGCGCAACUUCAUCCAUACAUUUCUCGGGCACUCUGAAACAAGGGCGGGUCAGAGCUGGUUGUAAUCAUAAGGUCCACCCAUUAAAGACGACCACGGUCCUGCAUAUCCAGAAUCCGCAAUGCUUGAUUAUCGGUUCAUCUAACUACGACAAGUUUCACGUUAACUCGUCUGGUCUCGCAUCUCCCGGCAAAUCGCCAAAGCCAGACGAGUGUGUCCCUGCUCCGACAGCGGCAGAAAGCAACGGUUUUAAGGCGAUCUCUGAGCCUGCGUGUGGCGGAGUGGAGGUGACGCUGAAUUCUCCUGCAACCUCUUCGCCAGGCCUAAUGUCAGUGUCUCCCGUUCCAUCCUCCUCUGCUCCCAUCUCGCCUUCACUCCCCACUGCCCCUCAGGGCCAGUGCUCGAUCCCUGGGACCGAUAUCAUUGCUUUGCAGCCAACCUCAAAGCUUACAAAAAGCAUCCAGAGACGCAAUGCAAAGAUGGCCAAUCUGAAUAACAUUAUCCAUCGUCUUGAAAGGGCAGCCAAUCGCGAGGAACCCACAGACUGGGAAUUCUAACAACAGAUUUUAUUACGGGCAGUGAAUUUGUUAGUAGUGAAACUGCAGGAUGUGACACUGAGCUCUUCAAGAGUAGGAAGAAUUUUAGAUGUUUAAUUUAAAUUGAGACUUGGCAAAGCCAAAACCACAGUAGUUUGUGCAGAAAACUUUGAAUUUUAUGAAUUCACUCUUCAAUUAAUCUUCCAGAAUCAUGUUUAGCAUCUGAGGAAAAAAUAUUGACCACUAUUUUAAACAAAAAAAAAUUCAAACAACUUUUAGAAAAUAAAUAUUUAUUUGUACAUGUCUUAUAUUAAGGACUGGUUGAAAACUCUGCUGUAGCGGUUUUCCUAUUUGUCAUUAGCUACAAAAUGAAAAUAGCAAAAGUUGAUUUUAGUGCCAUUAAAUGCACACUUGAAGUCCUGUAGUUUGCCACAGGAAGAGAUUAAAGACUAUAGUCUAAAGCCAUUAAACAGCACUAUGAUCCAGAAGGCUGACCAAAUUUGCAAGCUCAUGGAUAGAAAUUGUUUUCUUAAUUUUGUCUUCAAGACAACUAAUUCAUAUUACCAGAAGUGAACUCUGAUAUAGUCAAGAAGACUCUAAAAAUAGGAACCUCAACACCAGGAACAAUGUUCUUAGUUUUGAUCAUGUGUUUUCAAACAUUUGUAACACAGGGUGUUAUGUGCAAUUGUAUAUGUUGUAGAAUCUUCUGCAAUAGCCUUUCUUGAACAAGCAGUAGCAUGGUACGUGAUUAAUUCUUCACUCCUGUUGGACAUUCACUCGUGGUGUUUUGAAGUCUAAUGAACAGAACUCUGCCCAACAAAAACGCGUACAGUAAUUUUGGAGUUUACAUUUUGUUUUUGUAACCAACUAUGAGAAGAUGAGUCAAAGUCCGAAAACCAUAAGAGGCAGCUGGCAAAAUCUCUGGUUUAGGAAAAGAAAUUUGACUUCCCGGUUGUCGUGGCCUGGUGUUCAGUGUUCAGGAUUUUGUUCCUUGAGUGAACAUCUUCCAGUCCCAACAAUGCAGUUGGCCUCUUCAAGUCAAUCCUGAUUUUUAUCCACAUUUUGAAGGGGGUUUUUUUCCACCUUUUUAAGAUGUCGUUGAUGUGAUGAUGUUGGUGUAAUCUCAUUGCUAAAGGUCGAUGUGGGGUUGGAUUCUUCAGGACUUCCUGCAGCACUCGAUUUUUUUGUUUUGCACCAGAUUUAAAUCCUGUUUUGCUGAAGGCUACGGUAAUGCACUUGAUCAGAUUCAACUGAUCCUUUUUAUCCCUGCGUUCAUCUUACCUUAUCUUUUGUAUUUGUAAAAAGGAAACAUGAAGGCUGAUCUCUAUCUAGCCUUUGUAGUCUUUCUCUGCACUUGGCCACUAAAUACAGUAUAUUUCCGUUGGUGUAAGAAUUUUGACAUGCAGCUUGAUUUAUUCUCUGAUGCCGUGUCCCAAACACAGUGCUUUGUGUCACUGUUUUACAUUAAUUGCCUAAAAUACUGCAGGUUGUGAUAGAGCAACAAAGUAAGACAACUGCAGAGCAAUGCAAUGGAAGGCAAGCCAUGUGUGAUGACAUUAUUCCUUUGUGACACUGUUCAGACACAUGUGAAUUUUCGAUGUUUUCAGUGGUACUUUAUACUUAUUUCUUUAAAAGAGAGCUGAUGUAUUUUCCUCCACAAAAUAUUAAGUAAGAAGAAGUUGCAAAAAACAAAACAAAUGUCAGAACAACGAAAAUUAGAUAUGACCUGAGUAUCUCAUCUUAGGUGUGGCCUUUAUGGGCAAGGAUACCGCAGUUUAUUUGAUUUGAUCCUGAAAUAUGCUUUUUAUUUUCUCCAUUAUGCAUGCAGGUUUACCCUGCAAUCAAUCUCAAGAUGGCAACUGUAUUAAACCAAUUGUCAUAAAAAUCCUGUGCAGCUGCUGCUGAAUUAAAGAUGUGCAGUUUUUAAUGUGACAGUUGAGUCAAUACAAUCAACGUUUAACAAUCAAUCUAUUGAGCACACUCAGCAAGAAAGGUUGGCUUCACAAACCACUGUUUGAGGCCAGAAAAUAUGAACACCCAGGAUAAUAUUACUCCCUGGAUCCAUACAUUAAGGUUUCUUAAUGCUGGAAAUCAAUUUCCCUCUAAACAUUUUCUAUUUGGCGCUGUGUCGGGACCCGGUUCAGCAGGAAAGAUGAGACUUCAAUUAAAUUUGUCUCUGAAAUGGU